AUGGCUGAUCCGAUUGAUUUCCGUAUCAAUGAUUACAUCAAAGAAUAUCUCGAAUCCAAAGGUUAUUCGAAUACAUCAAAUGCAUUUGUUCGUGAACGUCAAGAUCGAAAAGAGCCAGUCGACAAAACCAAAAGUGAAGCUUUAAAUGAAAAAGAAAAGGAGAGGGAGAAAUAUGAAAACAUCAAGGAAGCUAUGUUAAAACAUCUAGACAAUGGUGAUCGUGAAGAGUUCUUUCAACUUUGGUCAGAACAUAUUCCACUCGAAGUUUUCACUAAUGAUGCAUCAUCUAAAUCCUUGGAAUUUUUAAUCUACACACAUUUCGCUGUUUAUUAUCUACGCUCAACUACAUCAGAUAAAGAUGAACAAAAAGCUCAAGAAAACAUGCAAGUCUUUCGAUCAUAUAUUGAAUCUAUUCGAGAUCGAUCGAUCUCUCAGACGAGUGAUCUCUUACCAUUAUUUGCUUUACCAUAUGUACCAGAACCAGAAAAACACGCAGCGUUUCAAGACUUGUUCUCGGAUGAAUGGCCAACAGAACUGCGUAAGAAAGUCUGGGAUUUUCUCGAAUGGGUCUUUGUAGGUCGAUCAUUACCAAGUCUUGUCGAAUUAUUACAAAAUGGUGAACGUGCGUCACAUGUGUUAGUACAACUGAAUAGAGAAAAUGAAGAAUUAAAAUAUCGAACACGAGAAUCCAAUCGACAGCUCAAACAUUUGACUACCGAUUACUAUAAUUUAAUCAACAUUACAAUGGAACUGGUUGAAUCAUUACAACAAGCCGUUUUAGGCAAGACAAUUGCAAAUGAUUAUAUCGACAAUGUUUGUGCACGUCUUCUGUUGGCAAGAGCACAAGAAUCGCAAAGGAGUUCAACUACUUCUCCCCGGCCAGGAAUGGAUGAUGCGUACACCGAAAAGCUCGAUUUCGGUAAAAUAAAACGAGACUUGGUGAACAUUUCUACAAGCGCACGCGAAAAAGCUCUUCUGCUUCAAGCCCUUCGUUGGAAAUUGACAAAAGCGAAAUCGGAUUUUCAACGUGAAAAAGUUCUCGAUUCGUUCAUUGGUUGUGACCUUCUUGGCUGUCGUUCCGAUACGGAACAACGCGCCAGAAUUAUUCAACAAUUAUCGUCACCAAUUGGCAGCGAUGCUUAUUACGUGAAAGAAGAAUGGGCACGAUUGAUCAACACACUGGCUUCGUUGAGAAAAGGGCGAAAUUAUUUAUCUCCUAAUGAAGCACUGAUCAUUUGUAUGCAGAAAGCAGCCGUCUCGGAAGCAUCCGAUACGCUGAUUAAACAACAUUUACUAGCAGCAUUGCAAAAGCUCAGUCUCAGACGAUCUGUGCAAACAAUUAUGAUCAAUCAUAAUACCAUCAAAUGGUUAUUCCCAUUGUUAAAUCACACUGAUCGUCUGUCGGAUUAUACUCUAGAAUAUGGAGUGGCUUUGUUGAUGAAUCUAUGUUUACGUACAAAUGGUCGUAAGAAAUGUGUGGAAAUAGCCGAACAGGCAAUCAGUGUUCUUUCAGCGUUAUUAACGCAUCCAAAUCAAGAGACUCGACCUUAUGUCAAUUCUUCAUUGUACUCAAUCUUGACUUUGAAAUCCAUUCGUAAAAAAGCGAUGGAAUUGAAUCUCGACAGCCGUCUUCGUUCUCUCAUUCGCGUUGAAAGAACGAAUUCGGAAACAAAAGGUCAAUUGGAGUUCCUCCUCAACCUUCUAUUAAAAGGUGGCGAUCAGGACGGAAGACAAACAUCAGACAACGAACAAGAUAAUGAUGAUGAAGACCAAGAUAUCAUGGAAGCUGAUCUAGAUCUUGCUGAUAAGUUACGUGCUACUGAUAGAGAAUUAAGUGGAGAGACCUUAAUCAAAGAGCACUACAUCUCUCAGAAGUCGUCUUUCAAUAAAAUUCUUCGUCACACGUCAGCAAACGAUUCGAAAUCGAAAUCAACAGUCGAACCUGUUCUCCAACGUCCGACCACCCCUGGUCAGUUACGUCAGGCAACAACAACACAUGCGAUUGAUACUCUGGCACAAAGUCUCGCCCUAGGUGACAUGUACAACAGUCAAAGUGAUGGCUUCGAAAGUACGAUAUUUGAUAAUUCGCCGCGAAAACGACCGUCAGUGAGCGACGAAGCAGGAAUCUCAAAUGAUGACUAA